UGCGGCAUGGAGUGUUUUUCUUUUAUAUAUACCACUGUAUUGCUUAACGUCAUUGCCGUAUCACCUAAGUUCAUCUUUGUGUUUAUUCAAUAUGGUUUUCCUUGAAUAUCUGAUCAUUAUCAUUUUCCUUUCUUUUCUUGUUUUUCAUUACCAACCUCAAAACCUAAAAACUCUCAAGGAUAGAAAUUGGCUGCCUCUUGGUUUGUUUUCUGAAAUUCUCACAAACUUGCACCGACUCCAUGAUUUUUUGGCCAUAUAUCUUAAUCGUAGUGGCGGUACUUUCAUGUUGAGAGGGCCUUGGUUUGCCAAAAUGGAUAUGCUCCUUACCACAGACCCAUUAGACAUCCACCAUGUUUUGAGCAAGAACUUUCCUAAUUAUCCAAAAGGGCAAAAUUACCGUAAAUUGUUCGACAUUUUUGGAGAUGGAAUCGUUAAUAUUGACGGACGUUUAUGGGAAAUUCACCGCAAAACCAUCAUGUCUCUCUUUAGACAUCCCAACUUUCAAAGUGUUUUUGAAGCCGCUGUCUGGAAGAAGGUGGAAACUGGGCUUUUGCCAGUAUUAGAGUCUAUAUCCAAAACGGACAUGGAGAUCGAUUUGCAGGACAUAUUUCAAAGAUUCACUUUUGACACUAUAUGCAAGGUGCUCUUAGAAUAUGACCCGCAAAGCUUGUCACUCAGUUUUCCUUACAUUCGGUGUGAGAAAGCCUGGGUAGAUAUUACAGAAGGCAUGUUGUACAGGCAUCUUCUGCCUCCCAUCUUUUGGAAACUACAACGACUACUGAGAAUGGGGAAAGAGAAGAAGCUGAGUGACGCAUACAAUGCAGUUGAUCACUUUGUAGACAAGUGCUUAGCUAGAAUACAACACGAGUCCGGUAACAUGGAAAGUGAACAUGUUCAUAAAAGUUUUGGAUUAGUGACAUCCCUGGUAACAGAGUUCAAAAGCCAAAGCGGCGAUUUUGGAUAUCCCAAAAACUUUGUAAGGGAUACCAUAGUGACCCUAAUGGGUGCAGGGAGAGAUACAACUAGCACAACUCUCUCAUGGUUUUUCUAUCUCGUUGCAAAAAAUCCAAUCGUAGAGGACAAGAUCCGAGAGGAGAUUCACACGUUUCUGGAGAGGAAAGUAGAUGAUCACAAGAACUGGAAUUCCAAAGAGCCAGAAAUCCUUCCAAGUGGCCACCAAGUUACUCAAAACACCAGGAUUAUUCUAUAUUACUAUGGAAUGGGAAGGAUGGAAAAGAUAUGGGGUAAGGAUUGCAUGGAAUUCAAGCCUGAAAGAUGGAUUUCAGAGAAAGGAGGUAUCAAACAUGAGCCAUCUAACAAGUUCGUGGCAUUUGGUGGUGGACCGAGGACAUGCUUAGGUAAGGACAUGAGUUUCACUCAACUAAAGAUAGCGGCAUCUACAAUCAUUUAUCAUUAUCACAUUGAGCUGGUAGAAGGUCACCCGGUUAUUCCUAGCGCUUCCAUGGUACUUAUGAUGAAGCAUGGGUUGAAGGUCAGGUUAACCAAAAUAAGUGAAGAAAAUAUUUGAGCCAAAUACGAGAAGAAAACGUAAUAAAUCUAUCUGGUGUGAUCAAAUUACAUUUUAUGUUUUGUUUGAUAAUGAGUUCGAGUUUCUAAUAAAUCAUGUUGCAUAUGUGUGCUAAUUAAGAACAUGAUCAUUAUAUGCAUCAGCUGUUGGCAUAUAUGUCAACUAUGUUUGGAAGUUUCUAUAUAUAUAGAAGCUUCUUUGUAUCUCAGAUAUUAGGUUUGUAAAAUGAUAAUGUUAAAGUUCUCUCUUUAAUUAUAUCUUUCCCCUUC